CAUUCAUUGAUGUCGACGCUUUUUGGAGAGGAGAGCCGCAGCAAAGUGAUCUUCGUCAUAGUAAAUUGUAACGUUGUCUCGUGAAGUGAUCAGUACCCGUAGCUCAUCGAAAGGGCCUGCUGAAGUAAUUGGAUUUUAUUUCUCUAAUUUUUGUUAUUCAUUAGUACGGGAUUACCCAAACGUGCAAUAUAUACGAUGGCAUAUCAGCUGACCAAAUGUGGCUCCGUCCUAUCCGGAAAUCUGGCAAAAACGGCUCUUAGAAGUAUCAGCACGACCGGAGUCGUAUGUGAGCCGAGGAAGCUUCCCGACAGAACCGGAAAGAAUGUAGUCCUCGUGGACGGAGUUCGGACGCCUUUUCUUAUGUCCGGAACCACCUAUUCUAAGCUGAUGCCCCAUGAGCUGGCACGACAUUCGCUACUGAGCCUUCUUCGCAAGACCAAAAUCGACAAAGAGGUCAUCGAUUACAUCGUGUAUGGUACCGUCAUUCAGGAGGUCAAGACAUCCAACAUUGCCCGCGAGGCUGCCCUGGCGGCCGGUUUUAGCAACAAAACUCCCGCCCAUACGGUUACGAUGGCUUGCAUUAGCUCGAAUCAGGCCAUCACUACCGGAAUGGGACUGAUUGCGACAGGAACGUAUGAUGCGAUCGUAGCCGGAGGUGUUGAGUUUAUGUCCGACGUACCGAUCCGUCACAGUCGCAAAAUGCGUUCGUUGAUGCUACGCGCGAAUAAGGCUAAAUCCGCCGGACAGCGGUUGCAGCUGUUGGCUUCUAUUCGACCGGAUUUCUUCGUCCCAGAGCUACCAGCCGUGGCAGAGUUUUCGUCCGGCGAAACCAUGGGCCACUCGGCUGAUCGAUUGGCUGCUUCCUUCAAGGCGAGUCGCCAGGAACAGGACGACUAUGCGCUGCGAUCCCACACCUUGGCAAAGGAGGCUCAGGAUAAGGGAUAUUUUACGGAUUUGGUUCCCUACAAGGUUGCCGGGGUGGAUAAAACCGUCGACAAAGAUAAUGGGAUUCGUGUCUCCACCAAGGAAGCCUUGGCUAAAUUGAAGCCAGCUUUCGUUAAACCGUACGGAACGGUCACCGCUGCAAAUGCUUCCUUUCUAACUGAUGGUGCCUCCGCAUGUAUAAUUAUGACCGAAGCCAAGGCAAAGGAACUGGGUCUCCGUCCGAAGGCCUACCUGCGAGAUUUCCUGUAUGUUUCACAGGAUCCUAUCGACCAGCUGCUGCUCGGGCCAGCCUACGGUAUCCCGAAGCUGCUGAAGAAGGCUGGUCUCACGCUGAAGGAUAUUGAUUCGUGGGAAAUUCAUGAAGCGUUUGCCGGUCAAAUUAUCGCCAACUUGAAGGCCCUCGAUUCCGACUACUUCUGCAAGACGUAUCUCGGACUUAGUGAGAAGGUCGGCAAUCCGGAUCUGAGCAAGUGGAAUAACUGGGGUGGUUCGCUCUCGAUCGGUCAUCCAUUUGCGGCCACCGGGGUUCGUCUUUGCAUGCAUACGGCUAACCGGCUUGUACGCGAGAAUGGACAACUCGGACUGGUGGCGGCCUGUGCCGCCGGUGGACAGGGUGUUGCUAUGCUGCUCGAGAGGCACCCAGAUGCCACUGCCGAGUGAGCGAUUGUAAUAGAUACCUGGUUUGUUUUUUUGUUUCGAUCGGUUUCCUUGUACGAACGAGAUGUAUGAUUUGAUAAAGUAAGAGUGGUAAGGAAUUUCCCCCCGGUUUCGUUGUGGUGAUAAGUUCGCGAGAUAUUUACUGGUCAGCUGGUGUGUAUAAUGUAACACCAGCGGAUCCUGCACUUCCAAAUGUUAAAACCGACUUUAUUAUGCGACAAUCACGUGUCUGUUUAUUUUAUUUCUAUUCAGAUUUGUUAAUCUACUCUAUGUAGUUCUCAUUUUUAUAUUUUCAUUACAAAUGGUUAUUCCUACUUUA